AUGUCCGCAACCUCGUCAGUGUUCAACUUUCGCUAUGAGAAUGGCAGGCGGUACCACGCCUACGCCGAGGGCCAGUACCCGGUACCUAAUGAUGAGGUGGAAGCAGAUCGACUGGACCUACAACACCACGCCUUCAGACUGACACUAGAUGGGAAACUCUACCGAGCACCUAUACCAAAAGACGUGCAGAAUGUGCUUGACAUAGGGUGCGGAACUGGUAUCUGGUCUAUUGAAUUCGCUGAUGAGCAUCCAUCCGCGCGUGUUCUCGGCACUGAUCUAAGUCCCAUCCAGCCCGCUCAAGUACCACCUAACUGUGAAUUCCUCAUCGAUGACUGCGAGGCGGACUGGAUCUUCCGCGAUCCGUUCGACUUCAUCCAUGCCCGAGCCAUGGUAGCAGCCAUCAAGAAUUGGGACCGCUUCUUCGAACAAGCCUACGUCAACCUCAAGCCAGGAGGAUACCUUGAGUGCCAAGACCUUGCCUUCCCCAUACGAUGCUUGGACUCUGGCGUCACUGCGGAAAAUUCCCCGCUGAUCCGCUGGUCAGAGCUCUUUCUCCAGGCUGCUAAAGUCAUCGGUCUCGACGGAACGGGACCGAGACACUUCACGCCACAACUACGGAAUGCAGGCUUCAAGAAUAUCAACCUCAAGUCGUACAAAUGGCCCGUUGGUAAGUGGGCAAAGGGCGCGAGAUUCAAGGCUCUCGGUCGCUUCGUUUAUGAAGAUCUAAUGGAUUGGCUUCCGAGUAGUUCGCUGGGCCUGUUCACGCGCGUACUGAAGUGGUCGAGAGAGGAAGUAGAAGUCUUUCUAUCGGAGUGCAGAGCGGAGGCUAAGAGAAAAGACCGACACUACUACGCUGAUGUUUUCUUCUAUCAUGCUCGUAAGCCAGAAGGUGCGAACUUUUCAAGCCAGGAACAAGACUUCGUAUCAUGGGAGGAACCAAUAGAUCGUGAUGAGGAUGAUGACGCCCAUCACGCUAGACCAUCAACUACAGCCUCUGCUUCCUCGGUGCCGUUGUCUUCGGCGACCACAGCGGAGCAGAAGUCAGAACAGUCGACACCACCUACUUCGACCACUCAAGACAAGCAGCCGUCAGUCAAACAAGGUGAUGAUGGAACAUAG